AUGAGGUCUCUUUUGACUCUCACUUUGGCUACGGCCACUUCCGCCUUCGUUCUCCCAGAGUCUCUUGAUAGUCUCAACGCUUUCAAGGAUGAUAUCAAGCAGACGCUUGAGGAUAUUCCCGUCCGUAUCCGCAAGUCUCUCGAUGAGGCGACCGAUCAGCUUGGCAACGAGAUCUCCUCCGCUCUGCACCACAAGCUCCAAGACGAGGAUGCCUUCUUCAACGAGUUAGCCAACGAUCAAGAGACCAGCACUGAAGAGUUCGCUUCCAUCUUUGGUCGAACAGGUGGUGACUUUACAGACCAUACUACCUACGAACUCAUCGCCAAGAGCAACUACACCAAGAAGUUCUUCAAGCUCGUAAAGGAGCAUGAGAAAUUUGGAAAGCUGCUUAAUAGCACUGACCAGAACUAUACUCUCUUCGUUCCUACUGAUGAGGCGUUCGAGCAUAUCCCCCAUGACAAGAAGCACAAGCCUAGCGAUGAGUUUGUCGAAGACGUUCUCAACUACCACCUCGGGGUUGGAGAGUAUCCUGCUUCAAGGAUCCUCUUCACCCAUACUGUUCCUACUACAUUGAAGGAGAAGUUGCUCGGUGAUAAGCCUCAGCGUCUUCGAACCAGUGUUGGGCUUUCUGGUGUGAGGGUCAACUUAUACAGUAAAGUCAUUGCCGUUAACUUUAAAACCAAGAACGGUAUCAUCCACGCUGUCAACAGAAUUCUUGUUCCCCCUCCCUACAUCGGCAAGGAGAUCAGCCUCUUCCCUGCCCAAUUCUCUACCCUCCUCCUCGCUUAUGACAAGACCGACUUUGUCAAAUACAUCCACGACGUCCCCAUGGUCGGCAGCACCGUCUUCGCGCCCUCGAACGAGGCGUGGUCGCGUCUUGGUGCUCGCGCUAACGCCUUCCUCUUCAACACCGAAACCGGCAAGAAGUAUCUCCGUGCCUUGCUCAAGUACCAAAUUGUCCCCAACAUCACACUCUACAGUGAUGAAGUCUACUACGGCGACGAGAAGCAGACAUCCAAGAAGCUCUUCGGACAUGGUGACGAUUUCCACAUUGAGCUACCUACGCUUUUGGAGAGGAGUGUUGGUGUUGAUGUACAUACCUUUAAGAGCUGGACUACUAUUGUUCUGAAUGGACAUGUUGUUGUUGGGUUCAAUGACGCUGUUGGUAAGAAUGGUGUCAUUCAUGUUCCUCGAACUAUCCCUAUUCCUCCUCACAGGAAGGGCGAACACCCUGACAGUGUGGAUGGUGAGAUCAGUGUUGAAGAACUCAAGGAGAGAUUGCAGGAUUAUGUGGAGGAUGAUGACGAGCUUGAUUGGAAGGAUGGUGAGUUGUAA